UCCAAUCCAAACCCAAAUCCAUAUCAGAAAAAUCACCCACUUAACCAACAAACGGCCUCCAUGCUCCUUCGCUUCCCUGUCUCCCGUUGUCCUAAAGCCCACCUUCUUCAGCUUGACACCUCCAUGGUUUUGUAUUACCAGUGAUAAGAGAUUUGAAAUUUUUUCCCCAAAAAGCCCCUUUAUUUUCCAGCAAUGCCAAAUUCAAUCCUAUACUUAUCCUGAUAAACGAAACAAAAUUCAAAUAUGAUUGUUAGAACGUAUGGUCGCCGAAACCGGGGCUUAACAAGAACCUAUUCCGAUACCAUAGACGACAACGUUUCCGACCAUUCAUUCAAGGACGACUUUUCUCUUUCCCAAGAAAACCCAUCUCAAGAUUUCUAUAGUUUACCUUUCUCUUCUCAAGAAUCUUCCUCUCUCUGGCCUUCCUUCGAUCCCGAUCCAUAUAGCUUCAAUUCUUCCCAAGGAGGUACUUUGUCAAAUGGUGUUGCUUCAAGAAAGUCGAAGAAACCGAGAAAUGGCAAAUUGCAAAAACCCGCCCGCAAGAAUAUUAAUUCUAGGUCUUUGGUUCCAGUGACUUCGACUUUAAUGGAGGCGCAGGAGUUUGGGGAGAUGAUGGAGCAUGUUGAUGAGGUUAAUUUUGCGCUUGAUGGGCUGAGGAAAGGACAGCCUGUUAGGAUCAGGAGGGCCAGUUUGUUGUCUCUCUUGUCGAUUUGCGGCACUGCACAUCAGCGGCGGCUCUUGAGGACUCAGGGGUUGGCAAAGACGAUAGUUGAUGCUAUUUUGGGUCUCAGCUUUGAUGACUCAUCCAGUAAUUUAGCUGCUGCAACUAUUUUCUACGUUUUGACGGCUGAUAGCCAGGAUGAUAACAUUUUGGAAUCACCCAGUUGCAUUCGUUUUCUAAUUAAGUUGUUGAAGCCAGUCAUUUUGACUAAUGCUGAAGACAAAGUUCGAAAUAUUGGCAGUAAGCUUUUAUCAUUGCGCAAAGAUAAUGAUAUCUUAAGAGAUACAUCUAAACUGGUAGAUUCCAGCACUAGUGCUAUUUUUGCCAAAGUCCAAGAGAUUCUUGUUUGCUGCAAGGACAUGAAGUCAAACUGUGAAGAUGCUAAUGGAACAGAGAGGCCAGAACUGAACCAAAAAUGGAUAGCUUUGCUGACAAUGGAGAAAGCUUGCUUAUCUAAGAUAUCGUUCGAAGAUACACCUGGCAUGAUAAGAAAGACAGGGGGCAACUUCAAGGAGAAGUUACGGGAGAUGGGAGGACUCGAUGCUGUUUUUGAGAUUGCCAUGAAUUGUCAUGCUGUUAUCGAGAGUUGGACAGAACAUGUUUCGCCUACCAUAGGUGAUGCAAAAGAUGACUCAGGUUUGCAGAGCCUGGUGUUGCUAUUAAAAUGUUUGAAAAUCAUGGAAAAUGCUACAUUCCUAAGUAAAGAUAAUCAGAGCCAUUUGCUUGGAAUGAAAGGGAACUUAGAUUCUCAUGGAUACCGGCUUUCUUUUACAAAACUUAUUAUGAGUGUCAUAAAGAUUCUGUCUGGUCUUUCUCUGCUUAAAAGUUCCUCUCCUGCCUCUGGUGGUGGUAAAUCUUGCAGUCUUUCUGACAGCAGUUAUCAUGCUUCUGAUUUGGCUUUAAUUGCAGACCACAGAGUAAAUGGCAAUGAAAUUAUAUCCAUCAGUUCUUCAACAGAUUAUUGUGGCACAGAGAGGAAUUUUUCUGGACGAAGCUUUAGCAUAUCUCAGAAAUCCAAUUCCCAGUUUAGUUUUACUGCUUCCACUUCUGAAACUACAGCUACAUUGAUGAAUGAUGCAUGCCAGUUAAGGAUGAGGGUCCAUUCUUCCAUGUCCAGUUCAUGUAACACAAGAUCUAAUAGUGAAAAACCUGUAAAUAAUAAUGGGUUGAGGACAAAAUUUGCAGUUCCUGAGAGAACUAAUUGUAAUAAAAAUAACAAAUGUGAACUCGUAGAUGAUAAUCAAGAUCCUUAUGCAUUUGUUGAAGAUGAGAUUCAGCCCUCAAAGUGGGACUUGCUAUCUGGGAAGCAGAAAAAACAUCGAUCUCGAGAUUAUAGUGCUACCGCAAGAGACCUUGAAGAUAGGUUUCAGUGUCGGCUAAUGAGCCAAGAGGAAUCAAGCAAUGGUGAAAAUUGCCAACAAAAUUCAAGAAAUGUGGACCAUUAUCCUUCGCAGUUAAACUCGUGCAGUGUUUAUGAGGACGAACAUUCUGGUCUUCUUGCAGACUGUCUUCUUACUGCAGUGAAGGUUCUAAUGAAUUUAACAAAUGACAACCCUAUUGGCUGUGAACAAAUUGCUGCAUGUGGAGGAUUGGAGACUAUGUCUUCUUUGAUUGCUGGUCACUUCCCUUCAUUCAGCUCAUCUGUGUUCCUAUCCAGUGAGAUGAAAGAGGACAAUUCAAGUAUCGAACUUGAAAAUCAGAAUGAUAAUCAUCUUACUGAUCAAGAGUUGGAUUUCCUUGUUGCUAUAUUGGGCUUACUGGUGAACCUGAUCGAGAAGGACGGGCAUAACAGGUCAAGGCUUGCAGCAACAAGUGUUUCAUUACCUAGCUCAAAAGGGUUAGAUGAGGAGACUCACAGGGAUGUAAUUCCACUAUUGUGUUCAAUCUUUCUAGCCAAUCAAGGAGCAGGUGAUGCAGCUGAUGCAGCUGGAGAAGGAAAUGUGGCAUGGAAUGAUGAGGCAGCUGUGCUACAGGGAGAGAAAGAAGCUGAGAAGAUGAUUGUAGAAGCUUAUGCAGCACUCCUACUUGCAUUCCUUUCAACAGAAAGUAAGAGAAUUCGUGAUUCUAUUGCUGAUUACCUUCCAAAUCAUAGCCUGGCUGUUCUUGUUCCUGUUUUGGAGAGAUUUGUGGCAUUUCAUUUGACAUUGAACAUGAUUUCGCCAGAGACUCAUAAAACUGUGACUGAAGUAAUUGAAUCAUGUAGGAUACCAUGAAAGCUCAAGAAAAUGCAAAUUUUGUACAGCCUCUUGCCUUCUUUUGUGAUAAACUUCUGUUGUAUACAACUGCACACUCUAUCAUUCCUGACCAUCAACCUGAACUUUAGUCUGAUUUUUUUCCCCUUUUCUUUUCUUUUUGCCCCUUUUUACACUAUUCUUUUUAUAUGGAGCAGGCUGAGACGCUUGUAUACGAAAUGAUAGUAGAAUCAAAAUAUAUUCCUUUGUGCAUUAUCUAUGUAAUUUGUUAAAGCUAAUUUAUCCCCUUCGA